GGGACCUGGCCGGGAGGAGGCUCGGCCGGGAGAUGCUCUAGGAAGCGGCGGCCAGGACGCGGCUGGCAGCCGGGCUGGACGGAGGGCCCAGCAGGAAGAUGGGCUCCCGUGGAUGGGGACUUGCGCUGGUGUGCUGCCUGCUACUCGCCUUUGCCUGUGGCCCGGCCCUGAGCCUGGUGCCCCGCGUGCAGCAGGAGCAGCCGGAGCAGGAGGGGACCACGGAGCCGCCUCCCCCGCUGGACCACGCUGACAGGGCUGAAGAAGAACAUGACAAAUACGGCCCCAGCCAGGGCGAGCAGCUCCCUGCUUCCCAGUGCUUCCGCUGCUGCGACCCCGCUACCCCCGUGUACCAGGCGGCCCCGGUGCCCCAGAUUAACAUCACCAUCCUGAAAGGCGAGAAGGGUGACCGCGGGGAUCGCGGCCUUCAGGGGAAAUAUGGCAAAACCGGCUCAGCGGGCGCCAGGGGCCACGUUGGACCCAAAGGGCAGAAGGGCUCCAUGGGGGCGCCCGGGGACCGGUGCAAGAACCACUACGCCGCCUUCUCCGUGGGCCGCAAGAAGCCGCUGCACAGCAACGACUACUACCAGACGGUGGUCUUCGACACGGAGUUCGUGAACCUCUACAGCCACUUCAACAUGUUCACGGGCAAGUUCUACUGCUACGUGCCCGGCAUCUACUUCUUCAGCCUCAACGUGCACACCUGGAACCAGAAGGAGACGUACCUGCACGUCAUGAAGAACGGGGAGGAGGUGGUGAUCCUGUACGCCCAGGUGAGCGACCGCAGCAUCAUGCAGAGCCAGAGCCUGAUGCUGGAGCUGCGCGAGCAGGACGAGGUGUGGGUGCGGCUCUUCCGGGGCGAGCGCGAGAACGCCAUCUUCAGCGACGAGUUCGACACCUACAUCACCUUCAGCGGCUACCUGGUCAAGCAUGCCGCCGAGCCCUAGCCGGCGGCCACCCCUGCCGCACCGCCAGAGGCUGCCCCCACCCCGGCCCCCGCGCUGUGCAGACCCCAGGGCCCGGCACCAGCUGGCCCUGUCGCCUCUUCCCCCAUCGCGGCCUCCCUGGCCUCUGCGUCCCCCGCUUCGGCAUCCACCCAGACGCCCUCCACGGGACGGGCAGCCAGAUCUCGCCGCUGCUCCGCAGAGAGCUGACGGCAGAUGAAAUCACCAGGGCGGGGCGCCUGCAAGGACACUCAGGGGCCGCUGGCUCCCCUCUGUGUGCACGUCCUUAAGUGACCCUGCGUGGCAGCAGGGUGUCCCAGAGCAGAGCACCCCUGCCCCUUCCCUGGAAACAAUUAGGCACAUUCUAAAGGUCUCGAAAGGAGCAAAGUAAACCGUGGAGGAAAAAGCA